CUCACUCACUAAUUCAUCAUCGCAUAAAUAGAAUAGGACAUAAUCAACAACAAGAACAACAUCCAUCUCCUCCCCCGCCAUUAACGUCAGACAAAGGAAGAAGAAGGGAAAAAAACCCUAUCCUUAAUAAGAGGGUAAAAAGAUCUCACCAUGGAAGCCCAAUUAGAAAUAAAUCACGCCGACGACAACAAGCCCCUGAUCACAAACGAUGCGGGAGCCGACCCGCCUGAUUGGCCGCCGCUCGAAGAGGUGGAGGAGAUUCUUGGGUACAGUUUCGCCGACAAGAGAUGGCUGGAGGAGGCGCUGACGCACGUCUCGUUUCGGAGGCAGCAGGAAGAGGCCGCCGCCGCCGCCGCCGGGGUGUCGUACGAGAGGUUGGAAUACAUGGGGGACUGCGUGCUGAACCUGAUCGUGUCGAGGGAGCAGUUCUUCCGGUACCCGGAUUUGAUGCCCGGCGACCUGACCCGCCUCCGCGCCGCCAAUGUCGAUACCGAGAAGCUGGCCCGCGCCGCCUUGAAUCACGGGCUGCACCGGUAUCUGCGCCACCGGAAGCCGCAGCUUGGGGACCAAAUUGAAGCAUUUGUGGAGGAGAUAGCAGAAUAUCCGGUCCACUCAAACGGCUUGGUAAACGCCCCCAAGACUCUGGCGGACAUUGUUGAAUCCUUGAUCGGAGCAGUUUUCGUCGACAGCGAUUGCUCCGUCGAUACCGUCUGGAAGGUGUUCAAGAGAUUGUUGGAGCCGAUAGUGGAGAAGGACACACUGCGAGUGCAUCCGGUGACGGAGCUGUACGAGAUGUGCCAGAAGAGGAAGCUGCGGCUGGAAUUCAAAGGCUCGUGGAAGCAAGGGAUCGAUGUGUACGUCAACGAUCAGCUGGCCGGGAGAGGGAACUACGAGUCCAAGAAGGAAAUUGCCCAAAACAGAGCAGCCAAAGACGCGCUGGAUAACCUUGGUAAAAUCGUACUGUUGCUGGAGGAUGGGGAAGAAGAUGAUCAGAUUAUUGAUUGAUUGAUUAAAACAAGACAAUUAUGGUGGUGGUGACUUUGUCUAAUUUGUUGGUUAAAAUUAGGUGAUGACUUUUCGAUUGUAUGUGAUGCUGCAACUUGUUUGAAAAUAGUUUCCAUAUAUAGCCGUCCAUAGUUAACGAC